AUGGACGUCAACGUGAAGGGUCUUUUCAAUUUUCUUGGUGAGGUGUUUAAACCUAGUCCCCUGCAGGAACCUGCUAGUAUGUACUCUAAACGGGGAUUUGCGAAGGGAUCUGUUUAUAGUGCUAGUAAGCAUGCUGUUAUUGGGAUGGUUACGGGUGCUGCUAUUAAGGUUGGGAGACGGGGGAUUCGUGUGAACAGUGUUAUGCUUGUUCCCAUCGAUACUUCUAUGCUUCGUGGCACUGCUCCAGUUGUACCAUUCGGUCGACUUGGAAUUGCAGCCGAAGUUGCGAAUGUCGUUGCGAUCCUAUUGAGAGAGGAAGUGCGACUUGGAACUCUCUGGGAGAAUGUAUAUCCUUAG